AUGCCGGUGUGGCUGCGGGAGCACAGCUGGCGGCAGAGCCCCUCCGCCGUGUACCUCUCGCUGCCGCUGCGCGGCCUCCGGGCCACCCCCGCCAACAUCUUCUGCACCGAUCAGUACCUGAAGGUAAGCAUCCCUCCCUUUUUAUUUGAAGCCAUUUUAUAUGCUCCUAUUGAUGACACAAAUAGCACAGCAAAGAUUGGAAAUGGAAUCAUUUUCUUCACUUUGUAUAAAAAAGAAGUGGCCAUGUGGGAUUCCCUGACUAUAGCAAAUGCUAACAAGGAGAAACUGCAGUAUCUAAGAGAGAAUGCUGUUUUAAAAGCCCAAGAAAAGGCAAGAGAGGAAACAGAAGCAAAAAAAGUUACAAGGCAGGAACACAAAAAAUAUGCCUUGGAGGCCACAAUGAAGCUAGAAGAAGCAGAAAGGAAAAGAAUUGAAGAUCUGAAAGAGAAGGAGCGGCAGAAGGUCACUAAGGAGCUGGAGUUAUGGGAAAAGCAGCAAAAAGAUGCUGAGCAACAGAAGAGGGUACAAAAAGAAGAGGAAUCAACUAAAGAAGUAGAGCAAUUAAAUGAGAAGAAAACAGAAAAUAGGAACAAAACUAGGAUUCCUAAUGAAGGAACUUCCAAGACCAGAGUCAAACCAAGUAAAGGUCCUGGUUCCUCUAGUAUCUUUUCAGAAAAUCUGAGAGAAGAACAGUUACCAGCUCCUCGAGCUGCUGCUACAAUUAAAAUCAGCUUCACAUCACGAGUUUUUCCUACAGCUCUGCGAGAAUCUCGGGUUGCAGAAGAGGAGGAGUGGCUACAUAAACAAGCAGAAGCUCGAAGAACAAUAAAUGCUGAUUUGUCUGAGCUGGAAGACUUAAAAGAAGAGGAGAGGAAUCCAGAUUGGUUAAAGGACAAAGGAAACAAAAUGUUUGCAACAGGAAACUAUCUGGCAGCUGUAAACGCAUACAACCUGGCAGUGCAGCUGAACAAUAAGCUUCCCCUGCUGUAUCUGAAUCGUGCUGCUUGCCACCUGAAACUGAGAAAUCUACACAAAGCUAUUGAAGAUUCCUCCAAGGCACUAGAACUGCUGACACCACCAGUUCCUGAUAAUGAGAAUGCUCGAGUAAAAGCAUAUAUAAGACGAGGAACAGCAUUUUGUCAGCUGGAAUUAUAUACUGAAGGUCUCCAGGAUUAUGAAGCAGCUCUCAAGAUCGAUCCUAAAAAUAAGAUUAUAGAAAAGGAUGCUGAAAAGAUUCGACACCUAAUUCAAGGAACAAUCCAAGAUUCUUAA